AUGCCAUCAAGGAUGUUGGAUGACGAUACAUUAACUCCUAGCAUAUGUCAAGUGAUUCGAGCACAAGAUAUGCAGCAAGAUGUUUUACAAAUAGUCAAUGGCCUAUGGCUAUUGUACAACAUUCGUGAAAUACAUUAUUGUCAAGUUCAUUCUACUUCCAACGAAUUAGCUGAAACAAUACCGAUCAGCGAGCCAGCAAUUUUACGUACCCUCUGUGGAAAAACAGUAGUAUGUAUGGACGUUCAAUUACCAGCAGCAACGUGUAUUCAACGUCGAAUCAUCUUUAAACCAAGUCUUUUUACCAACUUCCUGAAUCGGCCAACUUCCAUUAUAUCAAUUAAAAACAUGACGAAAAGAUUGCUAUCAGCAUAUAAAUUACAAGCGGCACAAUCGGCGAAAGAGAUCAUGACAGAAUUUAUACCAAAUCAGCCAAAAACAAAACGAUUCAUUCGUGAACUUGGCACAUUUAUCCAGAGCAGAUUUCAAACACCAUUGCCACCUCAACAACAACGAUUACCACCCCUACCAUCGAACCCAGAACCGCUCAAACACAUGGAACCAAACUGA